AUGAAUCAAGUGGAGUCUAAAGAAAACACAAUCAAGCUAUUUGGAAGAUACAGUUACGAUGAUAUUGAAGUCAACGACAUAUCCUUAAAGCCAUACAUUAACGUGCACACACGUGUGUCUGUUCCUCACACAGGAAGCAGCUACUGCAAGAAACAGUUUGCAAAGGCCGGUAUGCCUCUUACCAUGAGACUUGCUCACGGACUUAUGAGACACGGAAGAAACACAAGCAAGGCAUUGCUUGUUCUCAAGGCUGUCAGAGACUCCUUCGUAAUCAUUGAAAGACUUACAAAGAAGAACCCAAUCCAGAUCCUCGUUGAUGCAUGCAUCAACUCUGGACCAAGGGAGUCUACUGCUAGAGUAGGAAAGGGUGGCUCUGCAAAGAGAUCCUCUGUUGACGUCUCUCCAUUAAGAAGACUAAACCUCUCUGUGGAAUACCUCACCACUGGAAUGAGAAAGGCAGCAUUCAAAAACACAAAGACACUUCCAGAAACAAUUGCAGAUGAGCUUAUCGCUGCAUCUAGAGGAAAUCCAAACUCAUACGCAGUUAAGAAGAGAGAUGAAAUUGAAAGAGUUGCUAAGUCCAGCAGAUAA